AUGGCCCCGGCUGCACCUCCUACACUGCCGAUAGCAGGGGCGCUUUCCUUCUCAGACGUCUCGGCCGACUACGCCAUCCCUCGAGCCAUCCUGGCACCACAUCUCCUGCCCCCUUCGCGGCAGCAGCCAACGCAGCACCGUCAAGUGCCACCACCGCCGGCGAUGCACAACCCGUCCGUCCUCCAUCCCGUCUUUUUUACCGAGAAGCUGCAGCGGCGGCGGUCCUUUGGUCAGCCAGCCGUGCCGGUCGCCGUCCCACCCGUGCCCGUGCCCGUGCCCGCGCCUCGCCACAUCCACAACCCUCACCAGGCGCCCUUUAUGCCAUCUGCACCGUACCAAGCGCACCCUGCGGCCUUUCCACUUGCACCGCCGGCACCCCCGUUGCCGCACGCGAGCAGUCCGGUCGCCCACGGCUACAUCUAUCGCGAGAACACGACCUGGCCAAUAGCACAACGAGCUCGUCCGGUCGGUGUCGGCACUGGGAGUAAGCUGUAA